UUACUGUGCGGAACAAAAUCUAUCCAAAGCUUUUACAUUUAUUUUAAAGAUACUAUAUAUUCUUAGUCAUUACAAAGGUUUAAUUUAUUCACUUUCAGCAAACUCCAAUGACCAAUUCUCCUUGGAGACUUUACAAGUGGUUAGCCAAGUCUACAACUGUUUGAGAAGACCAAGUUAAGCAAUAUGGCGGAAGCUUGAAUCGUGAUUGCUUGGCAGUUUAAAGGACAAUUUGAUUAUCAACUAAAGUUCACGAGAAUCUAAAUGUAAGCGGUGGUGUUUAAAAUGCACACCACAAGUGGAUCUUCAACUUCUGAUAUAUUGUCAUUUAUUGCUGACAUUAACAAUAUUCAUCGAAUGAGGAACUACGAUACAAAUUCGUCUGCUUCUCAGCCUAACGAAGAGUCAAAAGAAAACUGUUCGACCGGCGAUCUUUUGGGGCCUUUCGGCUUACUGGUGCAAGGACUGCUGGCAUUUCUUGCUUUUACAUGUCUUAUAGUGAAAAGAUAUUGUGAGCCAAAGCAUUCACGAAGACCAUGGAAAAUUUGGUUUUAUGACACUUCAAAACAAGCAUUGGGUGCAGCAGUUAUUCACUUUGCCAAUGUGUUCUUGGCAGACCAAUUCCAAGGCGAUCCAUGUACUUGGUAUAUUAUUAGCUUCUUGCUGGACUCAACAGCAGGUCUUUUAGUUAUCUACAUCGGCUUAAAGACCACACAAAUACUGGCACAUCGUUAUUCUUGGAAAUCCCUCUAUUUUGGGGAAUAUGGAGAGCCUCCAAAAUGCAAUGCCUGGUUGGGGCAAACUGUCUUAUAUAUUGUUGUCAUGAUUGUGGAGAAACUUCUUAUGACCCUGCUUGUGCUUUUUGACUUCUGGAAAAAAGUGCGACACAUUAUCAUGUCACCUAUUACCAAUCCUCUUCUAGAGCUGGUGAUAGUUAUGUUUUUGGUUCCACUUGUUGUCAAUGCAAUACUGUUUUGGGUUGUGGACAAUUUUCUGAAGAGGAGUAUACGACAAUCUAAGACCAUUUAUGUCACAUCAGAAGAGUCACGUGUCAAGUACUUUCGUUCCUCAGACAAUGUCAAGUGCUAUAACCGUAUUGAAAAGGGAGAGGAGUCAGACAUUCUUUCUGCUGAAGAAGAUUUUGAAGUGCGUCAGCGGAACAACGAUCCAUCUGAAAGGUUGAUAUCACGAAGAUGAUUAACUUAAAUCCAGGCAGUUAACUUGCUCACCAACCCUUCUUGUUGUUGCACUCCACAAGCAAAGCCCAUUGCAGCUUUUUAUGGGAAAUUAAUGUUUAUUAUGCAUAUAAAAUUCGUUUGAAGCUUGAUCUUGUAUAUAAAGAAUGCUGGCCUUCAGAAAAUCGAGAGGUAAUGGAAUAUUGGAAUACAAAAAGGUACUUGAAUGUAUGUGCUGCAUGGGAAAACAUGUUUGUGUGAUUUUGCAAAAAAGAGAUUUUACUUUUGUUUUAAUAUCUCAUUAGGUAUCUUUAUCCAUUUUAGUUUGUUCUUAAUUAAAAUGGGAAAUCUCCUGGUAGGAAAAGAUAAGUAAUGUCCAAAGCUUCUUGUGUUCAAAGGAGUGUAUUAUUGUAGCAGUAUUAAACCUUAAAAUCAAAAUUUAAAUGUUGUUUUAAGUUUCUAAUUUCUAUAACUGGUGGUCUCAAUUAAAUAAUAUAUAGUAUGUGCAGUUCUUAAGGGCAGUGUUGUUUUCAAGACUUUCAGGUGAGUUAACCAUAUGUAGAGCUGACUUUGUUUCUGAAAUCUGAAUGACAAAUGAAGUUGGGAAAUGGGGGAAUACCAUCAAAAAAGAAACAGCUUAGAAAAUGAUAUUUAUAAUUGUGAUCACUUUAUUGUUAGAAUAUAACCAUUUGUUAACUUUUUGAUUAAGGGUGAGAAGGAUUAGAUUAAAAUGAUUCUUAGCAAAAGCUGAAAAUGUGUCGUACUUUGUUUAGAUAGACUGCACUGCUAAAACUUAAAAUAAUGGGCCUGCUCAGCAGAACAAAAAAUCUAGAUAGUCAAAUUAUCAAAUACAUCAGUUACUAAAUAAGAAACUAUAAAAUCUUGCUAGAUCCUCCAGAUAAGUACUAAAAUAAUUUCACAAAAAGGACAAGUUGUUGCCUAUUGGAGACGCUUUGCAAUUUUAGUAAGUUGUGCUGAACUGGUGUAAAGUUGGUAGCGAUUAAGUCAGAAAGAGGAGGGUGGGGGGGGAGUUACCCCUUGCAGGCAAGCUAGCAUGCUGCAGGAAGAGAGAUGACACCAUUAUCAUUAUAGGAAUAAAGUAUACUUUAUAAUGAAUAAGCUUACAAAAGAGAAACAAAAAUGUGAUGAAAGUGCAGGAUCACAAAGAGAGAGAGAAUUUUAUGUAUGAAGGCUUGGAAGCAUGGUUCUGUUUGUAUAUGCAUGCGAGUAAUCACAGGAGCAAGACACCAUGCUUAUGUGCAUGACUGCACAAGCAUUUGAGUCUUGUGCAUGUGUUUAUGCAUGUCUGCUUGCAUGUAUACCUGGCUAAUUCAAAAAUUUUUAAAGGUGUGAUUGAUUGGGAAAUCUGUGGGUGCAUAUACUCAACUGAUGUUUUGUAAACGCAUCAGCCUCAGCACUUUUGUCAAAAUAGAAGUUAUUUAUUGCUUGAAUCACUGAAUAAAAAAAAAUAAAUUGCAGACAUAAACUGAUCAAAAGCAUCUGUGAGUUCAGCAAGCAUACUGAAAAUAUUUUUUUUAAAUGUUUACCAGCAUAGUUAUUAAGUGUUGAGGCAUGUCUACACUGCUGUUUAUAACACUAUGCUUGACACCCAUACCUUGUAUCUGUAUUGUGCUUGAUGUUAACUAUCAAUCACCAGUCAGCCUUCUUGUGAGAUCCAAUGGCAAGGAAGAUCUAGAACUUGAUAGUGAAACUAAAAGCCAUACUCACAGUUUUCCACACUGACUUUAAGCAAGUACUAAGAAGAAAUUUUUUGUUUAAAUCUUAAUUUGUAGAGGAUUGCCUAUGCAUUGAGCUAAAAUUUUGAUAAACCAUGAAAAGCAAGCAGCAUGUAAGUCUUGUUCUUGUGAUUCUUUAGGACAGAUAACUAAAGUAUGCCAUUAUCUGGGCCUUUAUCCAGACGUAGUAAAAUUUUUCAUUUCUAAUCGCUUUUUCAGAUUAUGUUUCUGAUACUAUCAUCCUUAGAGAAUACAACUUUUGCUGAGCCUUGUACAUUCCUAACAUGAAUCUGAAGAUUUUUGUGUAUGUUGUAAAGAGUUGAAUCCCAUAAGACUGCUGCAUGCAAAAAUCUCAAAUAUUUUCAUACUUGUAUUUGUCCAGUGGAUUGUUUUUUGUUUGCAGGUGAUUUUGUGUGUCACACAUAUUGUGCGAAUGCUAUUGUGUAUUUUAUGAUUUGUCAGUAUGUGGUCUUUUCUUUGCAUGUUAUGAUACUGUUGUUAUUGACUGUUUGGCUUGUUAUACUGUCCUUUUUUGCAAUCUGGGAUCUUAUAUUGUAAAGCCUGCUUAGCUCUCUUGUGAUUCUGUUGAUAUUUACUGGCUUUGAUGUGAACAUUUCUUAACUCACUGCUUCUAUAAGGAAUGUAAAUUAAUGAUAAAUUAUUGCUUUUGUUGCAUAAUUGUUCAUCUUGUUUUGACUAGUAAAAUGUUCCAUUCAUGUUAACAGCAAAAUAAGUGUGUAUAUGUAUAUUGAUAAAACUUGGGUGGGGGGGGGAGUAUUAAGGAUUUUUUUUUUCUUUUUAGAAAAAGAAUACUGUAAAUUUUGGACUUUAUUUUCCAACUUAAAACCAUAUGGCUUAAACAGCAAAAGCUGCUUGUUUGCGGACUUUUCAGAUUUUGAUUAAUAUUUUUUAUAUGAGCUCCAUGUUAAAGUGUUAACUGUUCACAUUUUAAAAUCAAAAUCACAUACAAUUAAAUGAUUCAGAUAAGUUGCUAAAGCACACACUCUCAUAGUGCCAAAAAUUUUAAUGCCUACAAUGCAGCUUAUAAACCAAAGCAGCUUAUUUGUGAAAAAAAAGUGAUUUUUUUAAUUUUUAAAUUUAGUGGUUGCAGCUUAUGUUCAUACAGGUGGGCUCAAUAGAUCGAUUUACAGUACAUGUGCUUCAUUCUUCGUGCAUUUUGUCAUUAUUCACAAGUGACAAAAGAGAUGUUUAUGCUGCUAUAAGAAGUAGGUCUUUGGCUUAGGUAUGUGACAGCACACAACUUUGAUUUAGAGUUUUGGCCAUAAUUUAAGUGCUACUUCUUAAGGAAGUACUUUUUAAAGCCAUUUUUUAAUUUUGUUGUGAAAUAUGUUUUUUUGAAAUAAUAAAGAAUCUCUUACCAUCAACUAGAACAGCAAAAAUUUAGUUUCACAAUCUUUAAUUGCUAGCUUUAGUAAGAUUUAGAUAGUGAAUGGUACAGAUGAGUUUAAAACUAAAUUUUCUGUAAAGUCAUUGCAUAAUUUUCAUCACUAAACACUUUUAAUGCAGGUACAACCUGAGAAAAAGUUUAGUCGUUCUGACAUAUUGAAUGCCUAUUUGUUAUACCAUGAUAAAAUGCCACUGUUCUGCUGUCCGUCGAAUCCUCUUAUUCUACCCCUUACAGCAUCAGCUGCUUUUGCACAAUUCUUUACACCUUGAAGAGCUAUUUAUGUGAAUCCAAUCAAAUUCAAAAGUGAAAACAACUGCAACCAAUAUUUGCCAGAGAUGGAGUGCAUUUUAUUUAAAAUAUAAGUUCUCAGGAUCAGAAAUUUGAAUAAGACAUUGGAAUAAGGGGACAAGACAUUUCGAACAGGUGUAAAUGGGUUUCAUUUCUAGUCAGCUAAAGAGCAUGCUGUAUCUGAAAAAAAUCAAAACAAAGUACCUUUAAGAAUAUUUACAAGUUUUCAAUCUGUUACUUCAAAGUACAAUUAGAUUUUAAGGAAACUUAAAGUGCUGUUAUAUUUGUACUGAUGUCUCUGGCAGAUAAAGCUUGUAAAAUAGACUUGUAGAUUGUGCAUAUUCCUUUGUAAAUAUUAAGUAUUUUUAAAAUAUGUAAUGCAAAAAUUGAAUCAGUGAGAAGUUAUAUGCCCCAUAUUUUGACUUACAAUAAGAUUGAUUAUAUUUUAGAUUGUGCCAAACCUAGUUUCAGAAGGAACACACAUUCCACUCAGGCUCAGAUAUUUUAAGUUAGAUGAAUUAAAAGUUUUUUUGGGCAUUUGUUCAAAUGUUAAUCAUGAUGUUUGUUUUGUUUUGCUUUCAAAAACAAAAAUAAUACACAAGGUUUGCCUGCUUGCCAAUACAUUUAUUGUUGUUUUCAGAAUAAUGAAAACAGGAUAUCUGUCAAAUAACCUUUAUGCUUAGGAAUAUCUUUUUUUAAAGGUUCAAGAUUGUUCAUAAUUACAGUUAUAGAUCUCUCACUUUGACAGAAUGCUUGCUAGAAGCUAUUAAGUAUUAUCAUCUGAAGUUUGACUGGCAGAACGCCUGUUUAAGAGAUCAGAAAUAAAAAAGUGAUUUAAAUUGUACUGGUGGUCAUGUCAGAGUUUCCCAGUGGGGUGUAACAGCAUUUCAGCCUGUACUUUUCAGUCCGUGCCAAAACACACAGCUUAAAAAUUGCCAUAGACAAGUAUUCUUUCUGAAGAGAAAGACAUGUUGAGGAUGGGAUUUUAAAAUGCACCACAUCAAAUGACUUGUUUUUCCUUUCAGCCAACUUCUUGAGGCAUCAUGCUGAUCUUGGAUAGGAUAUCUACAGUUGGACAGUGCAAACAUGAACUCCUCAACUGCUGUAAAUAAACAGCGGGAGGCAAGAGCCAAAGUCAUGAUGGUCACGUCAUUAAAAAAUGUGUUUAUCAUAAUAAUGGUUUGCCCUUAAAGUGUUAAACUUUGUGUACACCUGUAAAAUAUAUGUAAAAAUUAUUUGAGAGAGUGGGAACUGAAAUGUGGUCUUUAAUUUUUUUUUAUAUAUUACAUAUUGGAAUUUAUUUUCGGUUAUGUUGGCAUGUCAUAAAUGCUAGUGGAGUCUUUGUGGGCAUUGUUGUCAUUCUGGAGUUGAGACUCUGAUGUAUUGGAAUGCUGUAUUUUCAUCAUUAAUUCUUUAGCAUAUGAUUUAAAUGUCAGUAUCAAAUGUUAUUUGGGCUCUUUGUGCCAUUCUGAGGCACUGAUGUUUUGAUAUUUCAUCAUCCUUUUUGCUGGAAUUUAGACACUGACACAACACUCUGCUUACUUUUUCAUACAUCUGCUUAAACGAUCUGCCAUGCACAUUUUUUUUUCUUAUAUGAGAUUAGUUUAAAAUCUUUUUUCGCUGUGAGCAUUGAGACAGCUGAAAACAUUUGAGUGCUGGGACUGAAGCAGUGAUAUUCAAUCAUUUUUUUUACUUGGGAUUGGAGAAAAGGUGAGUAAAGCAUGGUAUUUAGGGCUGUUUACCUUUUUUUCUCUUAAGAUAUUACAAUGCUUACAUUUGAGACUGUGAUUGUUUUUCUUUCUUUUUCUUUUUGAAGUUGCAUGACUUUUGAACCUUAUAUUAUUCGUUUAUGAAAUUAAUACUGUACUUCUGUCUGAUUCGGUUUUUAAGUGUGUUUCUUCACUAACAAUUAUGUUUAUGAUGUCUUUUUAAGAUUGACUUUAAAAGGAUCAAUAGUUGUAAAAAAAUUGUGAAUUAUAUAUGUUUUAAUGAUUUCUUUGUUUUAUUGUUGCAUUCUUUUUUAUCUAUAACAUUUACUGUCAUACUUCUAGUCAUACCAUAUUAGUAAUUCUUUUAUGUAGUGAAAUUUUUCUAAACGACUCAGUGCAUAUCUGUAAAAUACUUCAACUUCUUUGAAUUGAACUCUUAUAAACCCCAUUAUUUUUGUUGAUCUCAAAUCCAUGAGGCUGCAGCAACGAUAAUGCACUUGUUCAGUGAGCUCUGACACAUUUCCCUGUGAGUUCACAGUAUUUAACAAAAGGAGCAGCACAACGCAUACAGUAAUGCAGUUUGCAGACACUGUAUGCAGUUUGCAGACAAUGGAAACAAAGCAAAGGGGGGUGGGGGUGGAGAUGAUGAAAAAAAAGCCCAACUACCAAAGAGAGGGGGCCUUAAAGCCAACCUUGAAAUAGUUAUGGCUUGAUGUGGAUCUCAUUGCUGUCAUGAGAAUUUAAUGUAAGAAGUUAUUUCGUCAAUCGUCGAAUGAUAAGUGCAGAUAGAUGAAAAGAUCUGGAACAUGUGCAAUUAAAGGUAUGCACAUGUUUGUUCAUGUAUGGGCAUGCAGGCACAUGUAUGUUAUGCCUAUUUUGCAAGUUUCACUCAAGUUGAUUUUCCAUUUGUUAUUCUUAGCAAGACUGUUUAUGAUGAAAAACCCACUACAUCUACUCAAUUUUUACUUGCUAUGCGUAUGCUUUUAUAUAUCACAACAAAGUGUCAAGCAUCUUGUUGUUGCAUGCAAAUGUUGAAACAUUGUGCAUCUGUAAAGCUGUUGAAAGUAAGACUGCAUAUUCAAAUAAUUAGUGGCUGUGGGUUCACAGCUUGCUCAAGUCUCCAGUUGAAGAAUUCAUUCUGUCCAGAUGUGUACCUGAUUUCUCAGGGAAAGUAACAGCAGUAGAAGAAGAAUGUUAGAUUUACACCUGUUACAUGUGGGAGCCAAAACAUGGAACUAUUCUCUUCUGCCUCUAGUCCAUUAGACUUUUGCUGGAUUUUCAUUUAAAUACAGAAAAUUCUUUAGUUAUUUUUAUUUAAAGUGUUUUGUUUAUGCUUCAUAUAAUGCUUUGCAGCUUUAUCUAGCACUAAUUCUGUUUGGCUCUUUUUCUCAUUAUAUGUGCAUAGAUUCUUUUCCCUUCAUCCUUGAGGAGAGUUAAUUGUAAAGCCGUCCAUACUGCAUAAAAGGUCAUAUUUAUGUAAAAUAUGCACCACCUAAAGUAAGAUUCGAAGUAAACUAAACCAGAAGAAGCAACUCUUGUAUAUCUCAACAAUUUCUUUCCUCAUUUCACUUUAUGCUUAGUCCUUUAGUAUUAUUUAGCACCAGUAUUCAUCAUAGGGUCUUUUAACUCUUUUGUUUUAUAAGAAAACGCUUUCUUAAAAUAGCAGAAAGUACUUGUAUUUUAUUCCCUUAUUGUAAAUGUGAUGUAUAUAUUGUAAUGCUGAUUAUAUAAAAAAAAAAUUGUCACAGAGCCUGUAGUCUAUACAGCCUGCAGGAAAUAAUCAUAAACAUCAUAAACAGUCUUUCUGUCUUUGGCUUAUGUAUUGUCAGUAGAGACAGUCUGGUGGUAGAUUUAUCCAGACUUGGUGGACAGAUGUUUGUUCAGGAGGGUCAACAUCUAAUGAUAGCUUUUGCUACUCUGAUGGCUUGUAUGAUUGCUCUGACUUAAGCACAUAUGAAGCACACACUUGGCACAUGACUGUGGGUUAAAAAAAAAAUACAGAAAACUUAUCUUUGUGGAGAGGCUUAUAAUAGAUUAUUACAGCCACAAAGGUCUUUUUUAACUAAGCAAAUGUUGCCCAGUGUUUGACCUGUGUGUGACUGUCCCAGGAAGGCAUUUUUUUUAGGAGUAACAUUUAAGACAUUGGAACUUGGGUCAACUUGUUGAGCUAUGUCCAGACUUGUUAGGCACUUUUAGUGGGCACUGAAAAUCAUUAGAGGUAUUUAAUUAUUCAUUUUUUCUUUCCAAAAAAAGACAUUCUCAAAUGUCACCAGAAGUUUUUACUUCUUCCAAGUUGUUCUGCUAGUGAUGUACAAUUUGGAUAGCUGUAUUUGUGGCUAUUGGUGAUCAUCCAUGUUGUACAUAAGUAUUGUUGUUUGUACUCAUAUUUGUGUUCAUAUUUUGUUGGGCAUUCAAACAUAAUUGGCUUACAGAAGCACUUAAGUAACCCCAGUUGCUGACACAAGCAACACUGAACUGAAAAAAAUAAAUUUCAAUUAUUUUUCAAUACAUACCUGGAUUGGUGCAAAGUAGGUUCUCACCUACCUUCUUUUAUCACUGGUACACUUGUGCCUGAUCAUCAUUCUCAUCAUCAUCAUCAUCAUCAUCAACACAGCUCUAGGUCUGUUCACUUAUUAGUCUUUAAGAUCUCAGUUUUUUUUUAUUUUAUUUCUUUAAAUCUUAAAAAGUGUAUUAAAAUCUGUAAAACGUUCUGUCACAUUUUUUUGCGAUUGCAUUGCCUCGCAAUCUAUGAAAUUACUCAUAACAGUCUGCUGGAAUUAUUCUUAUUAAGAAGAAGCAUUUACACCUUAGAGCAUUCUGCACUUUGGGUAGGUAAAAUGCAUUUGUGUUGUGCCUCCAUGAAUUGUCUGUUUCUGUGGUUGGAAAGUGAUCUGCUUGUGAAUGUGUGUUUUGUAGAGAUAUUUAGUAUUUAUCUUAUAAAUAUUCUGAACCAUGUAUACAAAUUUAUCUCUUUGCCUUGAGGACUGGUUCUACCAUUUAAAGCUUUUUUUUUUUUAAAUUCUAACCAUCACAGCCCUAUGCUCCUCGAGCAGUAACAAGGAAUAAAAAAACAUGUGUUGUGUGUACCUUUUUUUUAAAAAUCAAGUUUGUGUUUGUGUUACUUUUUGGAUUGUAUUUUUUGAAGAAUUCAUUAUGCUUUCAACUUGAGGUUGUGUGGAAAAAUACGCCUUCAGUAAAAGUCCUUGUCUUUUUUGCUGUGUUAAUUAAACAACGUAGACUGCUGCUUGUUUCAUCCCUUCUAAGUUGAGUAUGCUAUUUUGCUCAUAGUGCAUAAUAAUUUGGUUUGUUUUGGGGAAGUGAAAUAGAGAAAAUACAUUUUAGUAUUCACCAACAUCAUUUCAGCAUGCCUUAAUCAUGGGAAAAGGCUGUGUGAAUCAUCACCAUAGAUAGUUUUCAGGAGAUACACAGUUACCUUGAUGGUGUGGGAUUUAGUGAAGUUUUCUUAAUAAGGUUUUUUAUGUUUAUCCUUUACCUUCACUUUCUAGUUAACCCUUAUGUUUUUAAAAAAAUGUUCUUACACUUUUUUCUGAGACUGGGUGCAGUGGGUGACCAAUGAUUGCAUUUUCAUUUAGAAAGAGAUUUGAUGCUGCUGUUAUAAACUGAAAGAGUUUUUAUGUUUAUGUAUACUCUGUAGCAUUUAAGUGAAAUCUGUAUAGGGUUUUAUGCAUAUAAUGGAUGUAUCGAACUGAAACACUUUUGCUCCUGCCCCUUGCCAGAUGGGCAUCUUUUUGGUUUUUGUAAGCUUGAAAUUCCAUAAAGGACUCCUACAUAAGAUCAGAGAGCUUGUGCCAUUGCAGGCAACUGUGAGAUCUCGGGGGUUGGUGGGAGACGAGCAGAUCUGGAGAUUAACUUUAUCAGAGGUCUUUUUCAUGACUUCAGAAACACUAACUUUUUACCAUGACUUAGAUAUUUUGUUUAUGCUUUAUUUAUUGUGCAAAAAUCAGACUGGUUCUAGGACUGCUUAUUUUGGUGAUGAAAGACAUACACAAUGGCUAUAUCACUAAUCUUUAUGGUGGCUUCUCACCAAGACACUGAGGAUUGUAGACUAAGGAUUCGAAUCUGGCACACAUUAACUCUCUCUGAAUUUAAAACCUGUUUACAGGACUUUGCUAGUGCGCCAUGAUAUAUCCUCAGUUGCUGACUCAAGGUAAAUCAACAACAACCAAUCUCUUCCCAGGAGAUGAAUUAAGAUGUGUAUACCUCAGGUGUCAUGGAAUCAUGUUGCUUCAAUGCAGACAAUAAAACUAACAACAUAAUAUCUCCGCUUAGUUUUAUGUUUUGCCUAUUUUUUUCUUUCAUAUGUCAUGUUUUUAAUGUAAGGGAUGUGUUCUUUCUUGCUUGUAACAUUAGACUAAUGCUAAAGAUUUGCUAUAAAAGGGUAUUGGUCAUUAAAAAAUUUAUGUAAAUACUGGAUGCCAAUACAACAUUUUAAGCACCAAAGAAUGAGGGAAUGAGAAAUUACAGGUACAUAACUUUGUACACCCCAUAAAAUUCUGAGGUGAUGAUAACUUUGUACAGCCCCAUGAAUGUUCUGAGGUGACUGUAUUUUCUUAACUACAAUAAACACUUUCACUUUUGGAAAUACACCAGUAUUACACAUACUUUAGCAAUAUUCACAAUAUUUAAUUUUUCAUAUUUCUUCAUUUGUUAGCAAGUUCAUAGCUUGAUCUUCACAUUGUACUAAUAUUUGAUAGCAACUCUUUUUUUAUAUAACAAAAGUUAGAGACAGCCAAUUUUUUGUGUGGCAAGGUCAGGUUUAGGAUUUUUUUUUCUUUUUUGGGGGGGAAUGGGGUAUAGAUUAAAAAUUUGUCUCGUUACCUUAAUCUCAGAUUUGAGCAAUGUUAUUGUCACUGCACAUGGUGAAGUAUGCAACUUUAUUUUCAUACCCCAUGUUAUGUUUCAUGUACCUGCCCAGUGAAUGAGAAUUGUAGUGGUGAAAACUAAAAUUCUGACUGAAAUCCAGAUGCUGUAUAAUAAAGAGGUAUUUGAAAUC